CUUGAUGAGAGGAAUCAGUAGUUCCCUCUCGCGGUAUAAAACCUUUUGCAACAGGUACCUCCCUACCUUCCUCACGCUCUUAUACUCAUUACUGCAUUUUGACCAAGCCCUUAACUAACACUAUCACCAUCUCAACAUGCACCACCUCCGUGAUUCCCUGCUGAGCCCGUCGCCAAAAGGCACCCCCGAUCUCACCGAGUUAGACAGCGCCUCCAGAGACGAGGAUGAUAUACGGGAAUCCGCCGCUCGAGGAGAAUUCGAGGAGCUCCGGGGAGCAGCCUUUCAUAAUCGAACCUGGACCAUUAGCACACGGUAUUGCCAGGUUGGAGAUGGAGUGGAUUCCCUCGAAGGCUACCUUCAUUCCCUGUGGCAUAUGUACUACCAGCUGGGCCGACAUACGUCGCAUGAAACGCCUGACCAGGAUCGUCUGGUUCUCGAUAUCAUCCGCAUCCAGGGAAUGGGGCCAUUGACCAGGCCUGUGUCGGGGGUGUACGGGAUCGACAUCGCACGAACAAUCGAAGGCACGCUGUGGAAUGACCUGCCAUUCUUGGUCACUGACAUGACCGAAUUCUGGAUCAACAACUGCGCACCAAUGGCGGGCGCUCAGCGCCUCAACUUUGCAUCCUUUCUAGCCAAGCUGGCAUCAACCCGCAUCUGCAAAGAUAGAAUGUGCCAGAUCGCCCUCAUCCUUUUUCGCACGACGUUUGAGGAUGGACGGGACCUUCGCACCACGGAGGAGCCGGAUAAGGAAGAGCCAGGACGGAGUAUGAGAAGCCUUGAUCUUGUACAAUUGUUGCCAGCUGCCUUUGUAUGGAUCAAGGAGGCAGGUCUAAAUCUUAUUCAGCUCUCGGAUGUCUUCUGGAAUGAUUGCCCUGGCACUAUUGGCCAGGGUGGUCAGUUAUUUACCCAGUCGGAGUUCGGGAAGCGAUCACCGACUGGAUUCACGCCUUGGAGGUGGAUGUUCUGGCUCAAGCGACUCCAUGAGAUCCAGGAGGAGGCAAAAGAGGCGAACGAGGAAUGCCUGGAGGAGUAUGCUACUGACGCCAUUGACAUCAUGGUCUCAGGGGUGGAAACUCGGAAUUCGGAAAUUCUGAGGGCUUACCAAACCGGUGGGGAUGUCUUGCAUCAGGAUAAACAUUUGUUGUGCCUGAAGAACCUUGUGAAGAGUGAAAUCCCCGUGGAAAAUGACCGUGUCAACUAAAUCUCUCUCUCUCUCUCUCUCUCUCUUACCCACUUUCUUCUCUUCUUUCCUAGUCCUCGAAUUCAGA